AUGAGUAGAACGAAAUCUGAUACAUUCGACAGUAUAUUUUAAGUGCGAACACCUGAAAGAAAAACAUAAAAGCAUAAGCUAUCAGAUUAGCAUACCCAUAUAAAAAUAUGUUCUCCUCUGCCUCAAAAAGAAGGGAUGAAUCUUUAAAGCUAUCUUAUUUUGACACCUAAUAGAGAGACUCUAAAAAAUAAUUGCAAUGGCUGUGGGGUAUCAACUCCUUAAAAAAGUGAGAAUAUUUCAUACUCGACUUGCGCAAGUGCUUAUAACAAAAGUUAAAGCAUACAAAAACAAAGAAUUAGCUUUGAUACUGAUUAAUAUUAUGAAUUUUGUCCUUUUGGUAAUACUAUAGAACCAUUUUUUUACAGUGAAGAAUUAUCUACUCCUGUACCAAAACUAGAGUCUUAAAAGGAAGAUAUAACAAGGUUAAGAAAAGAUUCUAUAAAUCCUCAUGGUAAAGACCUAGAAAUGCUUACAGACGCAAUUUAAUCUCAACACUUAACAGAUAUCAUAUUGUAAUAAAACAGUGAAAACUUUAAAGUCUUAGAUCCAUAAUUAGUGUUAUAAGAAAUUGAAAUUGCCUUUAUGCAGCUAGAAUCUUGCUCUUCUACCUUUAUUAAUUAAUAUCAUAGCUGA